UGCAGGUGCUGCUGCCGAAACGUCGAGUGACUGGACAAAGCGCGUAUUUGCUUAAUUUUGCGUUAUCUUGCUUGUUAAGGCGAAUUGCUACCGUUUUAUAGGUGCUAGUGCGAUGGGUCCCGUGGACGUCUGCUGCGUCGUGCUGCUGCUUGCUGCCCCAGUUUUCGCCAUCAACUGCUUCCAGUGCUCCUCUUACAAGAACCCCGAAUGCGCCGACAUCGAAGUGAACGACACCAAAAGCCCCUUCUUGCACAAAUGCGAAGAGCGCAACGGCCAGAGGAUGUUCUGCAGGAAAAUAGUCCAGAAGGUCCUCGACGACCCCACUUUUCACCGGAUCACCAGAACCUGCGGCUGGUACGCCUACAAGAGCAACAGCAGCUUCUGCCAGGUCACGGACACGGAUUUUAAGCUGGAAACGACGUGCCAGUGCUUUACGGACGCCUGCAACACGGGCAGUGCGGUGACGGCGCCGGUGGCGGCGACGCUCACGGCGGUGUUUGUAGGGCUGUUGAUGCGUUAGCGUAGAUUCAAUUUUAGUGCAAGGACGUUAAAUAAGAAUUUUCGAUUGUUUAUUGUUUUAGUUGUGUAUUUAUUUUUAGUGUUGUUGUUGAGUUUUUGAGGUACUACAUAUCGGUGUUUUACGGAUAUGUGGUUGUUAGGUUGAUUUUUGUUGAUUUUUGUUGUUGGAGAUUUUUGGAUGAAUAAAAACGUAAAAAGAAAA